AUGCGGGAAUCGGUGAUGCUUCGCGAGAUCGCGCGCCGGGUCGACUGGGUGCUCGUCGGCGGGCGUUGGACCCGAUUUUCAGUGAUGGGCACGGAUUUGAGCCCUCGCGUCCUCGAAAUCGACAACAAGGGCGAGGAUGACGACCGGAUAAUCAUCCUGAUGAUCCCAGGAAACCCUGGCAACGAGGGUUUCUAUGCGGAUUUUGGCAAGCAAGUCCUGAGAAAUCUUCUGGAAAGAGAGGAGCGGAUAGGGGACAAAAAAUUCAACUACCUUUUCUACACCGUCUCCCACCUCAACCAUGUCCCAAUGCCGAAUGAGGUCCGGACAAGUGGCACCCACAAACAUCACGAUCGAUUUUUGUUGGACGAGCAGGUGCAGCACAAGCUCGACUUUAUACGCGAAUACUUGCCGAAAGGGCAGCGGGUCUAUAUUUUUGGGCAUUCCAUCGGUUCCUACAUGAUGUUGAGAGUACUUCCCUACAUUAAAGACGACUAUAACAUCCGAAAAGUCGUCGGUUUGUUCCCAACAGUUGAACGGAUGGCCAUUUCGGACAAUGGGCGACGUUUGGGGCGAUUGUUAUUGACGCUCAACGAAAACGAUUGGCUCGCAAAGGCGAUCACUUUCUGGAUCGACCACCUGCCUUUCCCCGUCAAGCGCUGGCUCGUCGGGUUCAAUUUGGGAAAGGAAAAUGUCCCGAUUGAUGUAACGAAAAGCGCCACCGAACUUUUGCACAUGAACGUUUUUCGGAAUAUCGUUCAUAUGUCGGCUGAUGAGUUGAUAAAGGUCGCCGAUCUCGAUAUGACUUUGUUGGCGCAUAAAGACAUGACACACAUGUACUACGGGACUUGCGAUGGAUGGGUUCCGAAUACUUACGGCGAAGCUAUGAAGCAACUACUCCCCAACGGCCAUGUCCAAUUUGAUGACGAGAAUUGUGAGCAUGCGUUUGUAGUUCGUGAUGGACACAUUGUAGCCAAGAAGGUUGUGCAUUACAUUAGU